UCGGAACCUGGGCAUGAAUUUAUACAGCCUUCGCUCGUCAUUCGUUGAACGACCGUACGACGGCUUGACGGGUACUGUUUCAGGUACACUUACGACGACUUUGCAACCCACUCACUCAACUCAUCGUUAUCAAUCGUGUCCGGCUGCUAUCAAAACGUACAAAAAUGCUCGAUUUUCUCAAAACGCCUCUAAUAUCCUUAUUAAAAAUCAUAAAAAGAUGGGUCAUUAGACGACAUGCUAGUAAUGAUGAUUUUUCCAUCUUGUUGUCCUACGGUUUUCUACAUUUCUCCGAUGAUUCUCCAGAUUAUUUGUCAGUAGAUUGGCUCAUGAAAUUGCAAGAUAUUACACUUGAUGAAAUAUCACCAAACUUGGCGGUCAAGAAAUUGAAGAGAGAAUAUGUAGAAAUACUGAACCACAUUAUCAGUAUAAAAGUGAGUGACCUAAUAAAUCGAAUGAACAACAAGAAACAUGAUUGUGUCCCUUUGAAAACGAUUAUAAAAAGUGCAAAACGAGUAUUUCCACGCAUACAGAUUAAUGGGAGCCGCAGUUUGUUAUCGUGGCUUCUAAAUACAAUGGAUUUUAAUACAGAUGAAGCAUUGUAUAUGACAAAUUUAUUAUCGUCACACAUCAUCAUGUUUACAAUUGUUAAUCAUUAUCUGACUUUGUUGAAUGUUGGUUAUUUUUAUCGUAAAGAAUCUUCAAGCUCACAAACAACUAAUAGGACUCUCUUGAAUGAUUAUGAUUAUGCUAAGUACUUGUGUAAAAGAGAAUUUGAUGAAAAGUUACAUGGAGAUUUGCUUAACUAUAAAGUGAAAAAGUUUGCAAAAGCCAAAGUAGAUUUUGAUAAAUGGGAAUUUGAGUUUCAAAUAGCUGAUGAUGAGCCAAAAAUUAACAACAAUAAUCCAAAUGUCGAAACACAAAAAGGAGAACUCCAAGAAUUUCAACUACCUUGAAUUACUUUAAAAUCGAACUUUAAAAAUGCUUACAAUACUUAAUUAAAGCUAAAUACUGUUUAAGCUCUAAAAUAAAAUUACUCUUAAUUUGAUAAAUCUUGAUUUUAGUAAUUAAUAUCUGUAGACUUGAUAACUGUUAUUUUUUUCAUUUAUAUCAUAAGAAUCACUUUCUAUUAUAAUCUUGAUAUAUUAUUUACUCAAACAGUAUAAAAGUAUAUUGGAUUUAUAUGCUCUAUUUAGUUUAUGAUUGGAUCACUCGACUGGUCAAACUUAUCAAAUCGCCACGUCCCCACCAAUGAUGGCUACCACUAUGAUUUAUGAUUAUCCAUAUAGGUGUACGGUUAUACCACUGCUAUUGGUGAUUAACAACUAUUACUAAUGAUUGUCAACUAAUGAUAUCUUUAGCUUGAGUAAGUUAGACGGUGAUCUACGUCACAGUCUACGUGAACAAAAGCGGUUCAAUCUUAACCUGAAUGUAGUAUACAUAUCCAACAUUUCCAAAAAUAAAAUUAUAAAUUGUGAAAAAAAUUAGCGUAUACAGUGGAACCUCGAUAACUUGAAUUGGUUGGGAGGGGACAAAAAAUUUGAGUUAUCGAAAAUUCGACUUAUAGAAAAUAUGUAACAUAUAUAUUGUAAGGCAGAGGCCAAGGCAUUCCUUCGAGUUUUCGAAAAUUCAACUUAUAGAGGUUCGAGUUAUCGAGGUUCCACUGUAUUUAUAUUGAAUGUAAUGAAAAUAAUAAUCAAAUUUAAAACAAUUUUUAGAAAUUACAUAAAUUUAGUUGAAUGAUUUAUCUAUAUUCUAUAAUAUAAUAUAAGUUUUUUAGUUUAGGUUAGUUGAUAAUUACGUUUAUAUUAUUUAGCAUAGAGCUUAUAAAACUUAUAUUGUGUAUUAACUAUUAACUAUGAUCACCCACAAAUAUUACAUUAGAUAUAUCAAAUCCACCUUCAAUAUAAGGCUUAUUUAAGAUAAAAAUGUAAAUUCCUAAUCAUCGGGAUAGAUGUCUAUUUAAAAAUAUCUCAUUGCUGAUAUAAAGUGUUUUUUUAAUUUGAUUUACGUUUGCCACAUCAUGUUAUGCUUUAUGAGGUAGAUGGGUUGGUAGAGUUGACAAAUAUUAAAAAACCUCUAACCCAAUUUACCUCUUAAUAGCGUAACAAUAAGGUAAACAUAAAUAUUACAACUAACACUUCUUAAAUUAUGUUAAAUUGUUUGGAUUCAUUUUUAUACAAUUCAUAUGUACGUUUAUUAUACAUUCAAUUAAUUUAUUUUCUGCUUAUUGUGAAAUCUUUUAUUAUAUUCUUGCACAUAAAUAUGCCUGUAUCACCUACCACAAUGAUUAAUAAUAGUGAUUUUAAAAAUUGACAAUAGAAUCUUAUAACAUGAUUGUAAUAAUUAUUUAUAAUUUAUUUCUCAUUUAUAAAUAAUUUAAUUGAAGUAUGUGUUUGAAACUUUACAUAGUUAUUUCACUGCUUAACAUUUAUAUUUGUGUAUCAUUUUAAAAUGAAUAUUAUAGAUUUACAAAUUAUUAUAAUACAAAAAUAAA